AUGACUACCUUUUUGUACGAUCUCUCGACCACUGGCGCCAUUUCUUUUUCAGAUAUUAUAAAUGACCCCUCCAACUCGUUUACGAGACGGCUUUCCGAAGCUACCCAGAUGCGCUCUCGACUACGAGGUGCAUUGAAAGAAAGCAAACGAACAGAUGGGGAGAAGGACUAUCUUACGAUUAUCAAAAUCAUAGAUGAUUACCUUCCUCAACUACAGAGUAUCAUCAAUUGUGUCGCACACCAUGAGCUCGAGCUCAAAUCGGAACCUGUUUUUAGUUGGAGAACUACACUUUCCGCAAACUUCCUGAACAACUCUCCUCGUAUUUCUCUGCCAUCUCUUCAUGCUGAGCAUGCUUGCAGCCUCCUCACUUAUGCUUUCGCGCUUUCCAAUCUCGCAAGAAUUAUCGUAACUAGUCUCGGGCCAUUCGAGCAUGAUCGCGCGAUAUCCCAGGCAGAACGGGAAACUAAAGAGGAAAAAUUGAAACAUGCGACCGGUCAUUUGAGUCGUGCCUCUGGAAUUUUCACGUAUCUCAGUGAAACAGUAUUGCCCGAGCUGCAACAUUCAGCUUCUGCAUCUAAAUCCAAACUGCCACCAGACCUUUCACCUGAAGUCAAUACAGCUUUGGCGAGGAUGUCUCUGGCAGACGCACAAACCCUAGCUAUUCGCAAAUUGUUAUCUAAAUCUUUCUAUGACUCCAACAUUGCGCCCGGUCCUCCACUUCCCAAAUCACACCCUGCCCCCGGUCUGAUUGCCAAACUGCACUUGGAAUGUGCCUCGCUAUAUUCCAGCGCUCGAACUCUUGCUAAGACCCCAUCAGCAUCAUCAAAGUCUGCUGAAGACGUAUCUCCAGAAUUGCGACAUUACCUUGGCGACGAAGCCUUGCUGCAUUCCGCUCUCGCAAAAAAAUGGUUCGGCAUCGACGCAGGCGAGAACGGUGGAGAGGACAGAGGUGGCGAUGCUGUCGGGUUACUGAUCUGGGCCCAGAAAGAGCUUCAAGAACUGAAAGAUGGCGGCAAGGGAGUCGGACUAUCAAGGGGAGAGAAAGAGAAGAGAGAUAGGAAUUUGAGGAAAGAAAAGGUUACCAAAGAGUUGGAAAUAACUGGCGUCUGGUUGAAGCAUUACAAGAAAAUUAAUGAUACAGUACAUUUUAAAUCUAUCCCAUCCCAAGCAGAUCUACAGUCCCGUCUUUCAAGUGGUGUCUCUGCCGUUUUUGCCACCCCGUAUAGUCUUCCAGAGCCCAUGUUUGGACCAGGCUCUGGUGCUCGGGUGCAAAAGGAACAAGAUACGUUAGAUCGGGAAGGCUCGAUGGGUGGAUCUGCUUCGAGCACAUAUGCUGGUGCGGGAGAAUACUAUUGA